AUGUUCCGUCUUGUGCGUGCAAGUGCUCCUCUGGCAACGGCGGCCGCCUCGUCGGUGCGCUUCCAGUCCAGUUCCCCCGUGCCUGCCAUGAACCAAAACCGGCGCAGCCAGAACCGUCGCAGCUUUCUCCCUACGAACUCGCUGCCCAAGUUCGAGAUACACGACGUGCGCGAUGACCCGGAGCACGGGAGUAUGACCCGUGUGUCGGUAGACGGGAAGCAGCUGCUUGUUUCUCAGUUCCCGCAACUCGGCCCUCGCAAGGCGGACCCGAACGACACGACGCCGCAGUUUGACCGGGACCGCCGCGUCUCGUUGCGCUUCCGUCACAUUGACCUUGCCGGCUUCGUCAGCGUCGUGGAGAACCGUAUCCCGAGCCACCACGUUAAGAACAACGCGUUCGACAUGGCGUUCGAGAAGACGACGAACGGCUACGUGUUGAAGGGCCAGGUACACCGAAGCAACUCGCAGGUCAAUGAGGAGUGGGCGGUUCGCUUCGAGCAUCAGUUUGCCGUAACAAUGGAGCACUUCCUCGAGAGCGCGCUGACGGAGAGCUUCGGUUUCGCCCAGCACCAGCGGGCCCUGGCGCGUGGGGAUAGUUCACCGAGCGACAGCGCCAAAGGCAACCAGGACCGCAACAGAAACCAAAACCGAAAUCAAAGCCGUCGUCGUAACAACAACAGCAACGCCGAAAACCAAGAGAGUUGA